AAGUGAUUCAGGUGAAUUACAGGUGAUGGCGGUCCAAUUCCAUCCCUAUCUCUCCUCCUUUGUUGUCCUACAAGUUUUAGUUUCCCUACAAAUUCUGAUCUCUACUAACCUCAUUUCCACCCUUCAAUGCCAUGGCUUCUCGAUUAAGGAAGCCAGCGUGAGCGAGAUCCACCAAGCCUUCAGAGAAAACAAGCUCACCUCCAGAAAGCUCGUGGAGUUGUAUCUGGAGGAGAUUGAGAAGAUCAAUCCAACACUCCGAGCAGUAAUAGAGGUGAAUCCUGAUGCACUGGAUCAAGCCAACAAGGCCGAUCUGGAGAGAAAUAGCAUCGUUAGAGAUGGUGGUAGAUCCUCCUCCUUCUCUGGUCUGCACGGCAUUCCCAUAUUAAUUAAAGACAACAUAGCUACAAAGGACAAGCUCAAUACCACUAUCGGAUCAUUUGCGCUUCUGGGCUCCGUCGUCCCUCGCGAUGCAGGCGUUGUGGAGAAACUUAGAAGUGCAGGGGCCGUCAUAUUGGGUAAGGCCAGCCUUAGCGAGUGGUGCAACUUCCGAUCUCACUCUCCCAUUAUUGGUUGGUGCGCCAGAUCCGGUCAGGGUAAAAACCCUUACGUGUUAUCGGACAAGACAUGUGCGUCGAGCACGGGAUCGGCGAUAGCGGUGUCGGCAAAUAUGGUUGCGGUCUCACUCGGAACAGAGACAGAUGGGUCUAUCAUCUGCCCCUCCGAUUUCAAUGGCGUCGUUGGGAUUAAACCCACCGUUGGUCUCACUAGCCGUGCCGGCGUCAUCAUCAUCUCUCCCCGUCAGGAUACCAUUGGGCCCAUAUGCAGGACUGUAUCAGAUGCAGUUUAUGUGUUAGACGAGAUCGUUGGGUUUGAUCCAAGAGAUGCUGAGGCAACUAGAGAUGCUGAGAAAUUCUUCCCCAGGGAUGGUUACAAGCAAUUUCUGAAGGCAGACGGGCUCCAAGGAAAGAGACUUGGGAUUGUCAGGAAGCCCUUCUUUAAUUUCCCCAAAGGAUCAGUCUUUGCCCAAGCUUUCGAGGAACACUUCAACACAUUAAGGCAAAGAGGUGCAGUUUUGGUAGACAAUCUUGAAAUAGCCAACAUCAGUUCCAUACUUGAUCACUCUCGAAGUGGCGAACAGAUGACGAUGCUGGCUGAGUUCAAAAUCGCUCUCAAUUCUUACUUAUCAGACCUCGUAACCUCUCCCGUGAGAUCCCUUGCUGAUAUAAUUGCAUUCAAUGAAAAUCAUCCAGAUCAGGAAAGGAUGAAAGAUCUUGGUCAGGAGAAACUUUUAGAAUCUGAAGAAACCAGUGGAAUCAACGAGGAAGUGAGAAAAGCAAUUGAGAACAUGGAGAGACUAUCAAGAGAUGGGUUUGAGAAGUUGAUGAUAGAGAACCAAUUGGAUGCAAUGGUGACUCCAAGAGCAAGUGCUUCUUCAGUUCUUGCAAUCGGUGGGUACCCAGCAAUCAAUGUACCAGCGGGAUAUGGGAGCGAUGGACUUCCAUUUGGGAUCUGUUUUGGGGGUCUGCGUGGUUCGGAGCCUAAACUGAUUGAGAUUGCUUAUGCUUUUGAGCAAGCCACAAAGAUCAGGAAGCCUCCCUCCUUCAAACAUAUCCAUGUGGCAAGUAGUACUCAUUCAGAUUUGUGAUUU